AUCAAACAUCUGGACUGGACGCCACACCUUAUGUUCCUGAAUGUAUUUUAUAUACCUCUCGAAGAAUACCCAGACAUGUUGAAGAUUGUAUAUUGUCUCCUUAGACGCAUGAUCCGUGUCGGCACCAACCUUUUUUGAAGAACUUUUUUCACGAAUUUGAAACUUUCCUUGACAAAGUAACUCUCUUGGGAAAAUGGCUCCGAUAGUUUCUAUCACUACGCAGAUGGGCAUUGUUCCUCGAUGAAAACCAUCAUGACUAUCUUUUCCUUACCUUUCGUGUGGAAGAGAAAUAAUGAUCGUGAAUAACGGGUACGUGGUAGUGGAAAAACCGUCUCCAAAGUUUGAACAGUGCUUCAUAGAGAAUCCCACUCGGGAACCAAUAAAAAUGGCUACAUCAUGGAAAAGCAUGAAGGAUAGACUCUGUGUCCGUAACAACUUGUCACCAAAUGACGUCCUGGUGGCAUUAAGAUGCGCCAGAAACUACCACACCGACGGAAGAAUCAAAGAGGUCUGUUUCCCACCAUUCAUGAGAGACAAAUACUUUCUGAAGAAAGCCGAAUAUAAUAUAAAGCAAGCAGCUGAAGUAAGGACUUACAUAGGUGAGUGCUCCAAGGCACUGGAAGAUGCAGACCCCAAAGACCUAGAGCCCUCACGAAUGUUGGAAUGAAGGUCGGAGUCCAUAGUAACUAUCAACUACCAGGAAUAGGUAGGUUAUUUUAACACAUUUUGUUCCGAAACUCCCAAGAAAAAAAAAAUAAAAAAUGGAGACAAAAAGGAAAGGGAGUUUAGAUGUCUUCCCUAAAUGAAAAAAUAAAAGGUUUGGUGUUUUGUAUCUAAUGUCUAUGUGGAUGGCUUUCCUUUUAACUGUGCGCGGUAACCAUAUCAUUGCACGCAUGGAUUCACACUUAUUCUUUAAUUUUGAUAUUGCUAACAUGUCAUCUCAUGAAUGUUUUGCCACGAGAUAACAUAUGUGCUGUAGAAUUUUAUAUUUACAACAUGGCGGGAAUAUUACCCAUUAUUGAAGAAGAGGAAAUAGUAGUGUUCAAUUCAAUGAAACGGUAUAGGGAAAGAGGUGAUCGUCUACCAAGAGAACAGUGCUUGAUCUGCUACCCGUGGGGCCAGUUAGGAUUCUUAAAAACAGGAUCCAAUCACUCAAGCAGAUGUGGGGAUCUUUUACUGAACAAGAGCAGAAGGUGUUCACUCGCAUAUACGGAAGAAUACCUGAUAUGUUAUAUGUCCCAUUCCCGGCAAACAUGAUUCAAGAACUGCUCAACUACUGGGAUCCGUUUUAUCAUUGCUUCUCCAUAAAUGAGAAUGAUUUUUCCCCCCUUAUGGAAGAGUAAAAAUCUAUCCUCCAAACAGAUCCCAAGAAGCCAUAUAAAAUCUACAUCCAAAAGCCUUAUCUUAAGGCGAAUAAUGUAUUAUCCCAAAUUAUAGAUACAAAAAGUGCAAAGAUAGAGCAUCUGAUAGGAUCUGAUGGUGAGAUUGAAUACAUUCAUGUCGAUACACAUAUCUCAUAUCACCAUUGGACCAAAAAUGAGAGGGACUUGAAGAUAUUUGCGCUGGUAUUAUACGGAUUAAUCCUAUACCUCGAAUCAUAGACCACAUUGACAACUCCGCCAUGAAGGUGUUUGAACAGGAUACACAUGAUGUCAACCCAAUAUUCUCCAUUCUGCUGAAACGUUCACAGCAUUGGGUAGAUGUAGAAAAAAUCAUGGGGGCAUCCUACUUGGUUGCUCUUCAUUACUAGUGUGGAUCUUAGGACAUCUGAAACCCUCACCGAGAAGAGGGAUCCCAAUAAUGAGAUACUCGUUAGUGAUGCCCAAUUAGAGAGUUUGCCUCAGGGGACUCAAUCUAUACGUCAACAUUUGAAGAGCAUUGGAAGAGUUAUUUCGCCACAUUCGGGAGUGAUGAUAUCCAAUGGAAAGCUCUGUGGAUGAACGAGGGAAGUGUAUUGUAUAGUUGCGGGAUCAACCCAUGGGUACCUCUGCUAGGUCCCGAAGGAUGUGUGACGUAUGCACCAAAUAUGUUCAGAAGGCAAGUUGGUUUCAUGCAGAUUGUGUUAGCAACCGAGGGAAUGGGCUGGUUUAGUUACCGGUACUUUACUCCCGAUUCGAAAACUAAAAAUGAACAAGUGCUACCAUGUUGGAAAAACCCAAGACUAAUCAAUCGUAGUUUGAGCAUUGUAAUGACGAAAGGUGGUCAUGACCUCCACGAUUUAUUGGCUCCUGAAUACACACCAUGGUAUCAGGGACGAAGAAAAGCAGUCACUAUAUAACAGGAAAGGCAAGAGAAAAUUGAACUUUGAAUCCAGAUUGCCACCUGUGAUGCAUCACCAAGUGGGAUCUUUGGCUAAAGAUAUGUCUCUAAGCCAACUACAACGAGAAAAUGAUGAGAUGUGGGCAUGUACAAGAGGGCAUUUCACCCAAAUGAAGAAACUUGAAGAAGCAAACUAUAUCCAGAAUCAAAGGAUUAUUCAGUUGUAAGAUAUGAGCCACGAGCAAAGGUCUGCAAUCAAAGAACACUGAAGUGCAAAUCAGGCGAUGCAAGAAAGAUUAGAGCAUAUG